AAUAUUUUGUUUACAGGUUAAACAUGAAAUUCAUAGCUAUCUUUGUGAUAGCUCUUCAUUAUGUACUUGCUAUUAAUGCCAGUCCAACAAAAACAAAGAAUGAUCCAGAUGAAAUGGUUAUAUACCAAGGACAACAUGACAUCGUUAAAAUAUAUCCAUCGCUGCCGUUAAUGGAAGAAUUACAGAAAAGAGUUGUGUUUUUUCUAGAAGCUGAUAUAAAUAAUGAUGGUAGUAAAAUAGAUCAAGGAUUGUACGUUAUUGUUGAAAACAGUACAACGAAGUUACAUGACAACGGCAAAGACAUAGAUGGCGAUGCAGAAGGUAAAGUUUUUUUUGCUUGCAAAGAAGGAAUAUAUACGUACAAUCGUAAAGAAAAUAAAGCCUAUAAAUAUGGAAAUUUGAACGAGGGUAUUAUUUCACUGGCUGUAGAAAACAGCAGUGGUAUUAUUUACGCGCUUACUAAAAAUCAUGAUUUAUACAAAAUUUCUGAUAACGGAAGUAAAUCAGACGUGGACAACCGAGUAAAAAAUGCUCUGGAAAUAGUGUUAGAUAAGGUUGAUAAUCUUUAUUAUUAUGAUAACGAGAAGAAUGUGUAUCAGGUGAAGGAUCAGCGUGUGAACAAAAUUGAAGGUUUACCGAAAAAUCCAAGCAAAAUGGUCAUGAUAAAGAUACCUGCUCUAGUUGCAGACGUCGAAGGCAUAUUCGUUUUAGCUGACGAUGUUCCAUAUUUUAUUUAUUCAAACGGCACAAGUAUAAGAAGCCCUCAAAAUUUUGGCUUGACUAAGACUAAACCCACAGCGUUCUCGGCUGAAGGAGUGCUAGUGUUCUACGCCGCCGUAGAUAAAAAAAUAUAUGAAUUUAAUAUCCUAGCCAAAAUAAUUUCAGGUGUUUUCAGUAAGAUUGCAGACUUCUUUAAUUUUUUUUAGAAUUGUUAAUACAAUCAAAUCCAAAGAAUUAUUGGUAACAAAUCGUCGCUUGCCUCUCUAACUGACGUAUCUGAAUUUUUUUUCGAAACUGAGUUAUCUACACCAUCUUAAUCAAUUUCGCAAGACGAAUCGAUCUGUCUAAUCGCCUGAAAAUUUUGCAAAAUGUCAGUUACGUUAGAGAGGCAAGCGACGAAAUGUGUGAAUGAAAAAUGUGGAAGUCAGUAUAAUAUUUUAUACUGACUUCCACAUUAAGGCAAGCGACGAAAUGUGUGAAUGAAAAAUAGUCAGUAUAAUAUUUUAUACUGACUUCCACAUUAAGUUGCAAUGUUUAAGUAAGUACACAUUUAGUUUUUGACUGCAAAACAUAAUGUUUAAUUUCACAUUUAUGAAAAAAUAAAACAUAAUUUAUUAAGCAUGAUAAGUAAACUAAUG